AGGACAGCCAUGACGAGCGAUUCGGAGUCGAAUGGAGGAGCGAAAGGCGAGGAUGAAACUCUCGUUGGAUGCGAUAAACUGAUAGCGCGUUUGUCCUGUUUGCAUCCCCGCCUUUCCCUCGUCGGCGACCAAGUCGAGGCGAGCAUCAACAGAACAACAAUCGACUCUCGUUUCUCUCCCCUCCGCAGCCUCCGUCGUCGUCAUGUUUGGAGCUCUAAAUCGAUUCAUCGGACGUCUGGAUUCCGAUCCCGUCCAACAAUCUCGAUCGCCUGCCACCAACGACAGCGCAUUUGGCUUCCAAGUACUCCGCAACAAAGACUCCGAGCUCCCCUUGGAGCCAUGGUUUGAUUUCAUCGUCGGCAUUAAUGGGCGCCUGAUAGAGGAUCCGGACCCAAAUCUAUUCGCGACCGAGGUGCGCAACUGCGCGGGUUCCAGUGUAACGUUUGAGAUCUGGAGUGCCAAGGGCCAACGGACGCAUACGGUGUCUAUCCCGGUACCACCCUCCAACCCCACGCUAGGCCUGGCGCUCCAGCUGGCGCCUCUGUCAUCUACGCAGCAUAUCUGGCAUAUCCUGAACAUCCCGUCGCCGCUGAGCCCGGCAUACCGGGCCGGGCUGCUGCCACACUCGGACUACAUCGUCGGCACACCUAGUGGAACAUUACGAGGCGAGUCCGCGCUGGGCGAGUUGGUGGAGGACCACCUGGACCGCACGCUGGUGCUCUGGGUGUACAACAGCGAAUUCGAUGUUGUACGUGAGGUAGAACUGGUGCCCACCCGGGGCUGGGGUGGAGAAGGUGCUUUGGGCGCUGAGCUGGGAUACGGCGCCUUGCACCGGUUACCCGUGGGGUUGGGCGAAGAAGUCGAGGGGCCUGGCGAGGUGGUCUUCGAGACGCGAGAAGACGGCACUUCGACGCCCUUCACGGGUCAUUUGGGCCCAGCCCAGAGCAUGGGAACGGCUGCACCGGCCAUUGGGGGCCAAUUUCUUGUCCCUGCCAACUUGUCAACGCCUCCUCCCCUGGGACCCCAGCCUGGCACUCUGCCUCCCAUGGGACCUGCGCACUCGGGACCACGCCGGGGCAAGGCUCGACCUGCAGGAGUAUCGCCCAGCCGAGCCUUCGAUGACUACUUCGCGGAAGGGGAACAGAAAAGUAAGGAGCAGGAUUUCGCCCCGUCUCGCAAAUCCACGCCACUGCCUCCUCCGCCCAAGGCUGGCGUCCGAUCUCCGCCGGCCGCAGAACAGCCAGCCGCGCCCCAAGAAGGAUAGAGAACUCUCAAUGAAACUGGCCAGGGUUCUUAUUUUUUUUCGUUUUGUGUAUUGUAGAGUAUCACGAGUCUCCGGAGUUACGACGGACCAUAUACCAAUGACGGAACGAGG